ACAUUACCCCAGAAGCAUUGCCCCUCACAAAACUGUUGUAUGGCAGACCCCAACCCAACCAUGUUACAAUUUCCUCUAUUCUGUCCCCACUUUCUAAUUUAUAAGCCUCACACCCUCUUCCCAACCCCUCCUUAAGUCCUUCACGUUCUUCAAUUUCCUUGCCUUUUUCCUCUCAUCACUCUCCAUUUUCAUCUUCUACUCCAUAAGAAAGAAACUUGAACAAUGUGCUCCUCUAAAUCACGGCUGUACCGAGGUUCCAACAUUAUUGCUAAAAUUAAUGGCCGCCCUGUUCUUCAGCCAAAAUCUAACCAAGUUCCUAGCUUGGAAAGACGUAAUUCACUUAAACAGAAUUCCCCAAAAUCUCCUACUCUGCAGCCAAUGCCAACUCCAAAUCCUUCUUUGUCUCCUCCCAUAUCUCCCAAGCUAAAAUCACCUAGACCACCUGCACUAAAAAGAGGAGGAGGGAGUGACCCUAAUGGCUUGAAUUCCAGUGUUGAGAAGGUUUUGACAUCAAGAAACACGACCAAAGUGUCAAGUACUGUAAAGAAAUCAAAGAAAUCCAUUACUGGUGGAGCUACUGCAGCACCUCCUGUUCAAACCUCUGUCGUCAACUAUUCUUCCUUUAUGCUUUUUGAGGCCCCUGGAAGCAUAGCAGCUGCAAGGAGAGAGCAGGUUGCUAUUAUGCAAGAACAAAGGAAAUUACGAAUCGCUCAUUAUGGAAGAGUGAAUUCUGCUAAGCAAGAAGGGAAGGUUGAACCUGUUGAUUAUCCAGCUACUAAUACUUCUACUAUUGUUCGAGAAGAAAGGAGAUGUAGCUUUAUUACUCCAAGUUCAGAUCCUAUCUAUGUAGCAUACCAUGAUGAAGAAUGGGGAGUUCCUGUUCAUGAUGAUAAGCUGUUGUUUGAAUUGCUAGUGCUUACAGGAGCACAAGUAGGAUCAGAUUGGACUUCAGUCUUGAAGAAACGGCAAGCACUCAGGGAGGCCUUUUCUGGGUUUGAUGCAGAAGUUGUUGCCAAAUUCAGGGAAAAGAAAAUAAUCUCUGUCAGUGCCGAGUAUGGCAUAAACAUAAGCCAAGUUCGAGGGGUUUUGGAUAACUCUGAUAGAAUUCUCCAGAUUAAGAAAGAAUUCGGAUCAUUUGACAAGUACUUGUGGAGAUUUGUGAAUCACAAGGCAAUCACAACCCAAUACAAGUCAUGCAACAAGAUCCCUGUGAAGACAUCAAGAUCAGAAACUAUAAGCAAAGACAUGGUAAAGAGAGGAUUUAGAUUUGUUGGUCCAACUGUAAUCCAUUCAUUCAUGCAAGCUGCUGGCCUCAGUAAUGACCACUUGAUCACUUGUCCAAGAUACCUUCAAAUUCAAUCCCUUGAAUUGGCAUCUCAUCACCACCACCAUCACAGUCCAACUUCAUAGAAUCAUCCCAAAAAAAAAAAAAAAUGGUUAACCCAAAAGAACAAAAUUAUAGUAAGUGUGACCAAAAAGAAGCAUAUCUAGUUAGUUGAAUAUCUAACUACAUGUAUUAAUUAGUGGUAACCUUUUGAGUUACUGGUGUGAAAUGAGACUUUUGAUGGCUGAUCAUUGAGAAGAAGAAAAAAAAAUUGAAGUGGGUCUAUGAGUGUGGGGCCAGAAGAGACAGGCAGCAUGUGCAGGUGGGCAGAGGGCAGAGGCAUGUGCAUGGUUUUCCUACUACUUUCAAUUGCUUUCAAUUUUGUGAUCACCACCCUCCUCAAUUAUACGCUUGCUGCUUUUAAACUAGUUGUGAAAGGAUAUAAUCAGGGACUCAGUUUUGGGCCAGAAUUCCUAGAUAUUCCCUGCUUUUUCUGCCUGGAUAUUUGGAUUGGAUAAGAAUUGGAAUUUGCUGGCUCUGAUCUAUCUUCUUCAGGGCCAUAGCCUUUCAUGCUAAAAAAGUCGCACAAUAUCGAUUCCUUUCAGGGUGUGAUUGAAGUUCAACCUCAAUUUUCUGAAGAUAUCUGCCAUUUCAAGAUCUUUGUAUUACGGUCAUUUCUUUAGUUCUAACUUGUAGGGAAUACAAAGUUGAUUUGUGUGUAUUGUGAAUUAAGAGUAAAGUUUUGAGUGUUUGCUUUUUCUCUACACAACA